GUUUAAACCGUGGUACAGUUUCAACUGAUAGUCGGUUAAAAGUGCAAAAAAUAUAUUGAUUCAGUACUUUACGUUUUCAAAACAGAAUAAACUGUUUAAACGGACGUAAACGAUACAUUGAUGAACGACAAAGUCGUAUCACAGCAAGAUAAACAAGAAAAAAAAACUCUUAAUUUUUCUGGACAUAAAUUAACCAAAUGAGCAAACAACGAAGCAGAAACUCUGGUCCUAGAAAUAAAACAAAUAGAAAAUCCAGUUUGAGAAAAAGCAAAGAAACUGAUAGCUUUCAAGAUGAAGAUGUAACAGAUAGUUUCAAUGAAUUGAGCAUUAAUGAAGAAGCAGAUGGACGCUUACAACUGCCAGAAGAUUUCCGGCAUCAAAUCGAUGUGCCUUUUCCGGUUGCAAUGUGGGAUUUAGGACAUUGUGAUCCAAAGAAAUGUAGUGGUCGAAAACUUUCCAGAUUAGGUUUGGUAAAAACACUGACUUUAGGACAAAGAUUCAAUGGGAUAAUAUUAAGUCCUAUUGCUACAAAAUGCAUUGGUCCUCAAGAUAAAGACAUUAUUAGUGAAUGGGGGGCCGCUGUUGUUGAUUGUUCUUGGGCUCGCAUUGAAGAAACCCCUUUUAGAAGGAUGAAAGGUCAUCAUCUAAGACUCCUCCCAUACCUUGUUGCUGCGAAUCCUGUAAACUUUGGCAAACCAUGUAGUUUAUCGUGUGUUGAGGCACUAGCAGCAGUCUUUCAUAUAACAGGUUACUCUGAGUUAGCAGAAGCCUAUUUGAAACAAUUCAAAUGGGGUCAUUCAUUUCUAUCAUUGAAUGAAGAAUUGUUAACUUCAUAUUCAUCAUGCUCAUCAUCUGAUGAAAUUCUAGCUGUUCAAGAAAACCACUUAAAAGUUCUCCAAGCCGAACGAGAUGCCGAUAAGGGAGAAAUUGACUGGCCUUCCUCUGGUGAAGAUUCUGAAACAGAUGAAGAGAACACUGCACAAUGAUGCUAAAAUGAGUUGUAAAAUACAUAUUUGUGUUGACUUUAUAUUUGACAAACUAAAGAAAUGAAAAAAUGCAUGAAGUUUUUGUAAAUAAAUAUUUUAUUGCUACCAA